AUGGAAAAUAGUUAUUUAAAUGUAGUUUCUUGCCAGGAAGGAGAUUAUUUAACUCAAAGAUGUCGUUUGAGUUUUUCGUUUAUUUUAGGAUUAGGCUUACGUGUUGGACAUUAUGUUUCUAUUACUUCUGAUGAUGGUUCUACGAGUGUAAUUUGUAUGUUACGUCCUUUGUAUGAAACAGAAUCAUUACGUGCUGUUGAAAUAGAUGAUACUGUCGUCAUAAAUCAUAAGUCCAUACGUAAGAGAUUAAAACACAUAAAAUAUCCUUCUGGAUUCACUUCACUUGACACGUGUUUAGUAAAGGACAUCAAAAUUUCUGUUGUUUUAAGCGACAUUAACGCAUCAUCUGAAUGGAAAAACGAAAAUUAUCAGUUAGAAUAUUGGAUAAAAUGCCUUAUUCAACAAUUUCGCAUUGUUAAAAAUUCUGUCAUAAAAUGUGCCAAUCAUCCUCUUACGGAGUUAUGCAAAUUUCAUGCCAUUAUUAUUGAAGAUCUGGACUGCAAUGAAAAUUAUGUAGGAAAAGUCAAUGAACAGACUAAUAUUUCUGUAAAUAAAAUCAUCAGUAAAGAGUGGUACGAACUAAAUCAAUGUGUCGAAGAGAUCCCUCUGGGAGGUUUACGGAAGGAAUACGAAAUUUUAAAGCAUAUAAUUACUAUCUCGACUAAUAAUUUUGAAUCAAAUCCCACUGGUAUAUUAUUAAUUGGACCUUCAGGAACAGGAAAGUCAACAUUAGUGAAAAAAGUUUGUUUGGAUUGUAGAGCACCUUUAAUUAAAAUUGGAAUAUCAAACUAUUGUAUAUCUGGAGAAAGCAAAAAUGAAAAUGAAUUAAGGAAAAUAUUUAGUCAGGCUGAGACGUUGUGUGAAGAGGGCCCUUGUGUCCUGUUGGUGGAUGAGAUUGAAUUAUUUUUUAAUAAGAAAAGUAGUAAAAACUGCAAGCCUCAGUUGCGUUCUCUAAUAGAUAAUGUGAAAAGAAAUAGGAAACUGAUAGUAAUAGGUGAAACGAGUAAACCAAAUGACAUUGUUUUGAGAAUGAGAAGAUCUUGUAGAUUUGAAAAAGAGGUAGAAUUAGAUCUAAACAUUUCUGAACUGUUUAUAUGUAUAGAUAUGCUUUAA